AUCGAGGUUAGACGCUGACAGUAACGUACGAAUAAACACAAUUGGUUUCUUUCCUGUGACAGGCAGUUGAGACUAAAGAAUCUUCGCUCUGUUAUACCCAUCCUGAGGAAUUCUAAGAUCUUCGGCCGAUGCGAACACUGGAUUUAAUGACACGGUGGUGAGCAUCCUUUUAAGAGCAACACACCGCCAGAGUGUAUGUGUGCUGAUCUGUGUGUGAAGCAGAAGCACUACGACUUCACACCUUCCUCCUGGCUGGACUCCUAAAGGAGAACCCCCAGAAGCGGGCCCCUCUCUGGGCUAGGGGAACACACCUCCAGCCGAGCUGAGGACGGACCAGGUCAAGGACACUCCCAAGAGCAAUGUGACGGCCGGACUCAUCCAGCACCUGACAGGCUGUUAUGGAUCUGAGCACCAGCACACAGUGAACUCACACGUGUCCAGUCACAAUGAUCCCAGUUCUGUUUUUGGUGGCAACCACAAUAACACCCAAUUACUCUUCCAGUGGAAACCAAACCAGCGAGGACCAGCCCAAGAGCCAGCACAUCCUCCCCACUCUGCUGGUUCUCUCCCUGCUGCUGGUCAUCAUUGUGCUCCUGGCCUGGUACUUUCUCAGGUUAAGAAACCAGAGAAAGGCUGUUGUCACCACAGUCGACAAGAAGAUACCGAAUGGCAUUUUAGAAGAGCAAGAACAGACUGUGGUGCUGCUCCCCAGAUCCCCUUCGGCCUCCAGGACCUACCUCCCCAUCCCUGUGGACUGCCUGGAGGAAGAGUUCCGGCUCCGCUCUGCUGAUGAUGGCAAGCUCUUCAGGGAGGAGUUCAACUGCCUGCCCAGCGGCUAUACCCAGGGAACGUGUGACGAGGCCAACAAGGAGGAGAACAAAGACAAGAACAGAUACCCCAACAUUCUACCAUAUGACCAGUCCAGAGUGGUGCUGACUCAGCUGGAGGGAAACCCCUGUUCAGACUAUGUGAACGCUUCUUUUAUUGACGGCUACACGGAAAAGAACAAAUUCAUCGCAGCACAAGGACCGAAGCAGGACACAGUUGCAGAUUUCUGGCGGAUGAUAUGGGAGCAGAAGGUGGCCACCAUAGUGAUGCUGACAAACCUCAAAGAGAGGAAAGAGGACAAGUGUUACCAGUACUGGCCUGACCAGGGCUGCUGGACCUAUGGCAACAUCCGCGUGGCUGUGGAAGACUUCACAGUCCUGGUGGACUACACCAUACGCAAGUUCUGUGUUCAAUACCAGCAGGCCAGCGACACGUCCAAGACCCCACGCCUGGUCACCCAGCUGCACUUCACCAGCUGGCCAGACUUCGGGGUUCCCUUCUCUCCCAUCGGCAUGCUCAAGUUCCUCAAGAAGGUCAAGCUGGUCAACCCGUCCUUCGCUGGACCCAUUGUGGUCCACUGCAGUGCUGGCGUGGGCCGAACAGGCACCUUCAUCGUCAUCGACGGCAUGAUUGACAUGAUGCACCUGGAGCAGAAGGUCGACGUCUUUGGUUUUGUCUCCAAGAUACGAGACCAGCGUUCUCAGCUGGUCCAGACAGACAUGCAGCACUCCUUCAUCUACCAGGCCCUGCUGGAAUACUACCUCUACGGGGACACUGAGCUGGACGUGUCUUCUCUGGAAGGACACCUGCACAAACUCCACAACACCUCGGCUCCCCUCGACAGAGUGGGCCUGGAGGAGGAGUUCAAGAAACUUACCAACAUGCGAAUCAUGAAGGAGAACAUGAGGACGGGGAACCUGCCUGCUAACAUGAAGAAGAACCGAGUCCUCCAGAUCAUUCCAUAUGACUUUAACAGAGUGAUUCUCUCCAUGAGAAGAGGGCAGGAGUGCACAGAUUACGUCAAUGCAUCUUUCAUCGACGGCUACAGGCAGAAGGACUACUUCAUAGCCACCCAGGGCCCUCUGUCCCACACGGUGGAGGACUUCUGGAGGAUGGUGUGGGAGUGGAAGUGUCACUCCAUCGUCAUGCUGACAGAGCUCCAGGAGAGAGAGCAGGAAAAGUGUUUGCAGUACUGGCCCACAGAGGAUUCUGUCACCUAUGGGGACUACAGCAUAGAGAUGAAGGGGGACACUUUGUGUGACACCUUUAGUCUACGAGACUUGGUCCUCACUUUUGGCCCGGAGAAGCAAACAAGACUGGUCAGGCACUUCCACUUUCAUGGCUGGCCUGAGAUUGGCAUCCCUGCAGAGGGCAAGGGCAUGAUCGACAUCAUCGCCUCAGUGCAGAGGCAGCAGCAGCAGUCAGGAAAUCAUCCUAUUGUGGUUCACUGCAGUGCUGGUGCUGGGAGAACAGGUACGUUCAUUGCUCUUAGCAACAUCCUGGAGCGGGUCAAGGCUGAGGGGCUGCUGGAUGUGUUUCAGACUGUGAAGAGUUUACGAAUGCAGAGGCCCCAUAUGGUCCAAACAGUGGAACAGUAUGACUUCUGCUACCGGGUGGUACAAGACUUUGUUGACAUUUUCUCAGACUAUGCCAAUUUUAAAUGACCUUUUUGCCUUAAAUAUGUUUGUUUAAUGUUGUUUUUUAUAAUACCAGUUGGUUAGAAUUUGUGUUUUACUUAACGGGGUGAAAUUAUCUUCUAUUUUGCUAUGCACUUUUUCUGUCUGUAACUAAUGCUUCAUCCAUCCCUCGCUGUAAUAUAGUGUCUGUCCGUGGAUAAAUAUUUUAAAUUAAAAACUCAGAUGAAUAAUAUAUAUUUCACUGCAUUUAUAUUUCUUAUUUUGUCAUAGAAUUUCAACUGGAAUUUCAACCUUGGUCUCAUUUUGUUGUAUAAUACCAUACUUGUUUAUUCAAAGUGUUCUUUUUUGAUUCACCCUAAUAUCUUUUUUUUUGUAAAGGUAUUUAUGUAUUUUUGCUGGAUUUCUAGUCCUGCAAUUGGAGAACAAGAUGCGAAUAUUUUAUUUAUGUCAAAGUGUGUUCUUACAAUGAUUGAUAACUUCUAUCUGUGAUCAGAGGGUCUAUCUAGUCUUUCAUCUUUUAUGUCUAUAACGUAGAUACUCAUUUCAAACAUGAAGCUCUUAUGUAAGUCAGCAUUUCCAACACAUCACGAAGAACAUGCUGAUAUGCAAAGCAAGGAUAUUAAUUCAAACCCCUUGUCCACAUUCAAUAGGACGCUUCAAGGCAUAUCACAGAAUUCUGACCACUGUUUCGGAAGACUGAAACAUAAAUCAUAUUUUUCAGUCUUGCAAGGUGAUAUGCAAAUGCACAUGUAUAAUAAAAUAAAGUAUUAUUCAAGUAAUACUACAAAAAAACACUUCAGUUUGCCUUUUGUCUGUCGACAAUGGCAAAUAUUUUGCUAAUACGACUGCACAUACUCCGAAGCACAUAUUUGCCAAGCAUAUUGCCACGGAAUUUUGCUGGAAAGUAUUUGUAAGUACAGUAUUUUAUAUUUCACAGUAGUCCUAAAAUACAAGCGUAAAAUCCUUAGAAGGUGUCUAUUGACAGGAUGUAGUAUUGCUGCACAGUAGUGUUUAUACAGUAACUGGAAAACAUUAACUUGACCUUUUGGGUCAUAUUUAAAGGUUAAAAUGAGGUAUUUGCCAAAGUCGGUGCAUUUAAAUACAGUUAGCACCAAAAGUCCUUGGACAGUGACACAUUUUCGGUCAAGAUAUAGUAGCAAUGCUGAAGAGGAGUUAAGGGUCAAAGUGCAGACUGUCUGCUUUAAUUUCUAUGGAAUUUUCAUACGUAUUAAAAUAAUUGUUUAGAAAUGAUAGCACUUUUGUAAUAGUCUCCCCAUUUUAGGGCACCAAAGGUUCAUGGACAGUUUAAGAAUAUGUGUUGCAUGCAGUGACGAGUCUUAAGUCUGCAGUAACUGAGGUCUGCAGUGACUGAGGUCUGGGGUCUACAGUAACUGAGGUCUGCAGUGACGGAGGUCUGAGGUCUGCAGUGACUGAGGUCUGGGGUCUACAGUAACUGAGGUCUGCAGUGACUGAGGUCUGGAUUCUACAGUAACUGAGGUCUGCAGUGACUGAGGUCUGGGGUCUACAGUAACUAUCUGAGGCCUGGAGUAACUAUUUGAGGUCUGCAGUGACUGAGGUCUAUAGUAACUGUCUGAGGUCUGCAAUGAUGACUGAGGUCUACAGUAAUUAUCUGAGGUCUACAGGGCUGAUUGAGCCUCUUUUGCAUUUUCCCUGUUGAGUAUGUAAAAUGCUUGAUGGGAUCUGGUCAGGUAAAUUCCGUGUCCAGCUAAGGACAUUGGGCCAUGAAAACAUAGUUGCACUGGCAGUGUGUUCAAGGUUAAUUAAAGUCCCAACGCCAUCUCCACCAUGUUCCUCAGAGGGGGUGGUAUACUUUGGACUGUGGGCAUUUCCUGUUUUCCUUCCUCACUGUCCUUCAUUCAUCCAUCUUUGUGUCUUCUGUCCAGUACUCUUUGUUCCUGAACCCUCCAGGCUCUCAAGCUACUUCAUUCAAACUGUAGCCUGGCCUUUAUGUUGUUCAGGAUUACUAGAGGUUUACAUCAGACAGUGUAGAUGCUUAGUCUUCUGUGUAUGGUAAACUUCUACACAGCUCUGUAUAUCUAAAUCCUGGAGAGAAUCCACUAGAGUCAUAUUGGUCUACUGGGUUGUUUUCCAUAGUUGAGCUCACCAUUGCUUUUAUCUUAAUGAUGAGCCUAACUGAUGAUUUUGACCUUUCCUGUAUUUUUCCCUGAUGCAUCUUUUUAUGAGCUUGUUACUCGAUUUUGCAUCAUCAGAGCUAUGUUUUUCAUGCUGUCACAUCCAACAGCCUCCAAAAACUAAUAGAAAACAGACACCACUUGGUUAUGUAAAAAUAUAAACUAAAGUUGACUGGAUUUUCUCAUUUGUUUGGAUCCAUCUGCACGUCCUGGUAGGAGAUAGUAGAAAAUAUCAAAAUGAUUGUGUCACUGUCCAAGUAUGUUAUGUUGAAUGUAAAAGUAAGAUAGUAAAUACAGGUGUGGACAUAUUACAAUUUGAAACCAGAGUUUCAAAUACUGCUCCUCGUCUCUUAUCAUGAAGGGAAAUGCAUAUUUCUCCCUCAGUGCCACAGUUAGAUUACUACCAGGCAGUGUUUGCUAGUAGUUCCAUAACUCCUUAAAAAAAGUCCUUAAGCAGCUUUGAAAUAUGUAACAUUGUAUUACCUCUCAAUGCCAGCGGUGCUUCUGCCAGCUUAACCCUAGGGCAUCUUCUCUUGAAAAAAAUAAUUUCUGUCUGAAGUGUGUCUUGGUUGUUACAUGUAAAUGUGUAUGUAAAUACAAGAACUAUGAACUAACCAGGAGAAAUUCACUGUGGAGGAUUGGACUGUCUGAUUGUGGGGCUGUUUCUAUCUAACCUACAUAUGAGGUGUAAGAUGCAAGACGGAGGACUGAUGACCAGUCAGCCGACACUCGCACCCUAUAAAGAAAGGCCUCACGUAGAAAGAUACGAAAAAAUUGAGGAAACCUCAGAAAAAAAUUCCAUAUACAGUAGAAGCAUGUACGGUUCCUAUGGUUAUGGAAAAGAUCAUGUCUGAAAUCUUAAUGUUCUAUGUAGAACCGUUUUCUUUUCAAGAACGUCCUUUCAUUUCAAAUCGUUCUACAUUCCAGAGCACCUACAUAUGAGCGUGCCCUCACCUUGCAUAUUAUCCCUCACAGUCCCCUCUCUGGAUCUAAGAUGGAGGCAUGUCUACGUCUUAGCUCUCUGCCUUCUGCAUCUGUUGGUUGUCUGUCUUUUUUGGAUCUUUAGUGUCUUUUAAAUGCUGGUUGCAAUAUUAAAUUAAUUGAAGAGUA